AUGAAAACCUCCAAGCAGAGAAUAGUUGCUGUGGGGCUGUCAUUAUUUCUUAUAGGCUUUCUCUACUUCUUUUCCGGGCAUCAACUCUCAUAUACCAUUCCAAAUGACCCACCACUCACAGUGCUUUCCCCAGAUAAAAGCAAAAGCACUGGAAAGACCAAAAACGCCCCUAUAAUGCCUGAGUUACCAGACGACGAUGCUAGGCAGGAACUUGGUAGGGCAUCUUGGAAAUACUUUCAUACACUACUAGCGCGUUUUCCAAAAACCCCAAGUCCUGAGCAAUCAGAAAAAUUACACUCCCUCAUAACUCUCUUCGCUCAACUAUACCCCUGCGGCCAGUGUUCGGAGCACUUUCUCGAGAUCCUAGCAUCCAAUCCUCCUCAAACUUCCAGCAGAAUUGCGGCCGCAACUUGGGGAUGUCACGUGCACAACAUCGUGAACGAGAGCCUUAAAAAACCUAUAUAUGACUGCAGUACGAUAUUAGAAGACUAUGACUGCGGCUGUUCAGGAGAAGAAGACGAUGAAGAGACUGAUUUCGAACGAAUUACGACGAUCAUCGAAGAAAAGCAACAUGGGUAA